AUGGAGGUGGAGGGCCGGUCAUCAUCAAAGAUGCAGGUAUUCCGAUGUUUCCAGAUGGACCGUACUGUGAGAAGGGUGAGGGAGGAAUGUCCUUUCCGCAUUGCCCUUGACGCGUUGAGAGUAGAGGACGCCCACCAGUGCAGGAAAGUGUCGCCGGCAGGCAGGGCAGUAGUAGCUCAGACACCAAGCAAGAACUUCAUGCCAAAUAACCUUGGAGAAAGGCAGCAAAGUAGAAAGGUGCUGCAUGCUUUUGGAAGCUUUCCAAAUAAUAUUCUUCGUUUCCAGUCCACCUCGAACCGCACUCCUAAUUUGUUUAGUCUUGCAUUUGGUAUGCAAUUAUCAAUGUUUGUUAGUCUGCGUGUUACUCCGAAGUCCCUGGAUAUACUAUCUAAAGGACCACCUGUCUGUGGAGACCUUGCUGUAUCAUUAUCUCAAGCAGGACCUCAGUUUACACAAAUCAUACGCUGCAAUUACGCAAUCAAAGCUCUCCGGUUCUCUGCUGCUUUAUUGAUUCUGAAAGACGAGUUUCUGCGUUCCAGGGAUUAUUCUCAGUGCCCUCCGACCUAUCAUCUGUUCCAGCAUUUCCGAGAGUUGGGCUACGCAUGCAUUAACUAUGGUCAGUUUGACAGUGCAAAAGAAACAUUUGAGGCUAUUGUAGAUCACGAGAGGAUGUUGGAUCUGUUUAUAUGUCACCUGAACCCUAGUGCCCUGCGACGCCUUGCACAAAAGUUGGAGGAAUCUGGUACAGAUCCUGAGCUGAGACGUUAUCUCGAAAGAAUACUGAGAGUUCGUUCAACUGAAUGGACGCAAGGUGUCUUUGCUAAUUUUGCUGCUGAAGGUAUGGUGCCUAAAGGAGGGAACUGGGAGAUCAAAACACCUACCAGCAUGAAUAGUAUUCCUCAGUGGGAGCUUGCAGGAGAGGUCAUGCCCUACAUGAGAACAACUGAUGCUGCUAUCCCAUCAUCCACGAUGUCCACCGCGCCGGCACCCACGAUGACUCCCUCCUCCGCGCCUACGCUCACCACCCUCUCCGUGCCCACCCUGAUCGCCCCCAUCAUCGACCCACCUGCCGCGUCGGCUCCCACCCCCGUCCUUCCGCCCAUCGCGGUCUCGCUCGCGCAGCAACUUCAUGCUAUGGAGGGCCCUUGCCCUUCCCAACUUCACCGCAGUUCGCCUCCAAGGCUUCCUCGACGGCUUGGCCAAGGCGCCGGCGCCGACCGUGACGACAGGCACCGGCGAGGCCGCACGCACCGUGUCCAAUCCUCAGUACAAGCAGUGGUGGACGCUGGAUCAGAAGGUUCUCGGGCAUCUCCUCGGUUCGAUGAACGUGGAGAUCUCCGCACAACUCAUCGGCUGAAGGAUUGCGGCCGCCGCCUGGACGGCCGUCCACACCAUGUACCCCGUGGCGCUCCUGCUGCAGAAUACUACAUGAUGGGUCUUGCUCAUCUUGAGCAGAAUCAGCUCACGGAUGCACUAAAUUGUUUGGAUGAAGCGUUCUUAGCCCUUGCCAAGCACCAAUCACGUGAAGCCGACAUCAAAGCGCAGGCUACCAUUUGUGCGCAGUACAAGAUCGCUGUUUCAUUGCUGCAGGAAAUCGCUCGGCUGCAAAGAGUCCAGGGAGCUGGCACGCUGAGCGCCAAGGAGGAUAUGGGCAGGCUGUCUCGGCACCUGGCGUCGCUGCCCAUCCAGGCCAAGCACCGCAUCAACUGCAUCCGGACCGCCAUCAAGCGCAACAUGGAGGUCCAGAACUUCGCCUACGCCAAGCAGAUGCUGGACCUGCUCUACUCCAAGGCGCCGCCGACCAAGCAGGACGAGCUCAAGAGCCUCAUCGACAUGUGCGUCCAGCGGGGGCUCACCAACAAGUCCAUCGACCCGUUCGAGGACCCCUCGCAGUUCUGCGCCGUCACCCUCAGCCGCCUCUCCACCAUCGGCCACGACUUUUGCGACCUCUGCGGCGCCAAGUUCUCCGCCCUCUCGGCCCCGGGCUGCGUCAUCUGCGGCAUGGGCAGCAUCAAGCGGUCCGACGCCCUUGCUGGCGGCGGCCCCGUCGCCUCGCCCUUUGCCUAAGUUUUGCGUGUGACGGGUUCUGUUCUGUUUGCCCGAGCCUCUGUUUCUUGUAUGUAUUAGUGUGCAGUCAACAUUCUUUGUUUUGUGCUGGGUUGUUGUAGCAGUUGUGGUAAUAGCCUUGGAGAUACCAUUUUGUUGUGAUUAAUUUCCCUAUUUGAUUCUACAUAACAUACAUAGGGCUUGCCCUAGCAGAUAGCAAUCCAUGUACCUAGAAGCUCUA